AUGAAAAUUGGUUUGGAUUAUGAUCACUUGGCGGUUGAGUUCCCAACUUCCCAUUCGAAUGCUGAACAGAACGGAACUGAACAGAUACCGAUAAAAAGAGGGGCCCUCGUGCUAUUCAAUAUCAUCUUCUUAACUGAUUCAGAACAAGAAAAUCUUUCGGGAAUGGAAAACCCCGGUGAUGCGCCGUACGCGGCGGGGUAUCCGGCGCAGGGGCCGUACCAGCAGCUUUUGCAGCAGCAUAAGCGGCAGUUGCAGGUUUUGUGGACGUUCCAGCGUGAGGAAUGCGCGAAGGCGCACGAUUUCAAAAGCAACCCGCUGCCAUUGGCGCGGAUUAGGAAGAUUAUGAAGGCGGAUGACGAUGUGCACAUGAUUUCGGUGGAGUCGCCGAUUCUGUUCGCCAAGGCGUGCGAGCUCUUCAUCCUGGAGCUCACGCUUAGGUCGUGGUUUCACGUUGAGGAGAACAAACGGCAGACGCUCAAGAAGAACGACAUCGCGGUGGCGAUUUCGCGGACGGACAAAUUCGAUUACCUGGUGGAGAUUGUUCCCCGGGACAAUAAUAACGAUGAGGCGGCUGCUUUGUGGGGGAAUGUGGGGCAAUUGCCUGCUGCGGGUGGGGUUCCGGGGGUGCCCUACUACUACCCCCCCAUGGUUCAUCAGCCUAUGAUUCGUGGCCCUGCCGUGGAUCCUGGCGUUUACUUGCAGGCUCCGCCGCCGCCUUCUUCGCUGCUGCCGUGGUCUCCAGCGGCGGCGGACGAUGGGUGCUACACUAGCGGCGGAGGUGGAAGCAGUGGACAGGCCAAUCUGGACGAACAAGGUUGAAAAGAAAAUGCUGAAACUGUAACUGAGACUGAGAGUUGUGCAAUGGAAAAGCAGUGGAUGUUGCUGCUGAUACUGAUGCUGUGUGGCAAUUUGCUUUUCAUCUGUGAAUUCGGAAAUUCUUUGCUUGUAUCCAUCCAUCCAUGGUUAUUGGCAUUUACUGUAAAUAACUUGCUGCUUCAAUCAUUUUUACAUAGUAAAUCUUGAAUCCCUUCUCCUAUUUUUCUUGGUACAAUUGUUUGCAUCCAGAAAAUUGACAACGAAGGGUAAAACUUGUGUGCUGCUAAUAAUU